CUGAUAUGACGUCCUUCCAUUCUCACCGCGCAUGCGUGGCUCAGAGAGCGCGUAUUGCGGCGAUCACUGGUGCGCUGUGUCCCUCGGACACAGCAGAUCACAGAAAGAGCCAAAGAUGUCAGCUCGGUCAUGUGAUCAGCUGUGUCCAAUCACAGCUGAUCACAUCCCCAGCAGUGCCACCUGUCAGUGUCCAUCAGUGCCAGCAGUCAGUGCUCAUCAGUGCCACGUGCCAGUGCCCAUCAGUGCCACAUCAAUGCCACAUAUCAGUGCCCAUCUGAGCUGCCUUUCAAUGUCACCCAUCAGUGCCAGUCAGUGCCGCCUAACAGUGCCAGUCAGUGCCACCUAUCAGUGCCAUAUAUCAGUGUCAUGUAUCAGUGCUGCCUUUCAGUGCCCAUCAGUGAUGCCUGUCAAUGCCCAUCAG